CUGACCCUUCUUUUUAUUUUGGUAAGGGUUUCUGGGUGAUAACUUGUGCUAUUGAAUUGGGAGUUGUGUACCACUUCCUGCAGCAUCACAGAGCUUCGGUGAAACCCAAACCCCUUCUGUGUUACCAUCAUGUGCCUCCCCCAGCAGAAUGCUGUUAGAGAUUUGCUUUUGAUUUGAUGUCUGCUGCAGACAGCAGUACUGACUGGUGUUGGAGUAAACUGCUGCAGGGUGAGUCUGAAGAUAGCUCCUGCCCAUGGGAACGUGUGUCAUGUUUGUUUUUCUGGGCAGUGAAGCAGAUGUAACUGUACUUGUGCUGUGAGUAAAGAUGCUUUUCAGGAGGAGAGUGUCUGCACUGUGCAGGUGCUUUUUUAAAAAAACAAAAUACCACUUUUCCUUUAAGAUUACUGUGUGGCACACCCACAAGAACUCAUACUGCUCUGCAGUAAAGACAAGAUUGUAGUUAGGAUGAGUUAACAACUACCCUCCUUUUCAUUAUGAACAGUGCCCUGAUCUGAAGUGGUUGGCUUUUGUGGUUCCUUCCCUCAGAGCAGGGAAGCUCAGUGUUCUGCAGCUCCUCCUGUCAGGUACAGAGAGGCUCUGCUCCUAUCCUGCCUUCUCCUGUUGUCCUUGAUUUUGGGGUUUGCUUGGGUUUAAUUCAUGCCUGGAUCAUCUGGCACCAACCUGGUGACAGUUUAGUAUUUGGAGGAUGGAAAACGAGGUGAGGAUUUCUCUUAUUCAAUGGGUGUUACUGAGUCCUGGAUCAUUUACCUUUUUUUUUCUGGGGCUUGCUAAUGAGGAAACAUUUAGGGAGCUUUCAUAUUUCAUGCUUAGUGCUUUUGAUUGUAUUGAACUUGUACUUAAAUAGCAAAAAUGGAAAGGGGAAGAGGAUGUGGGAUAAGGCUUCUGUUGAAACAAAAGGAAAAGUUGGCCAGUGCAGUGACAUAAAGCCAAUGGUGAUAGGUGGGAUGGCUGAGAUCCUGUGUGAAGGAUUUUUGAGUGCUGGUGUCACAUAGAUGACAAUUUAAAAUGGGCUCUGUCUGCCUGUAAGCACCCAGCCAGCUGCAGUGGGGUACAGUGCAGGAUUAAUGAGGUUAGAGGCAUGUGUUAUUGCCAUGUAAGCAGACAGCACAGAAAUUGGUGUGAGAAUCCAGCUGCAGAGGUGAAGAGGAGUGUGAAAUGUGCUCACUGUGGAGAUGGGCUUGAAGCUCUGAGUGUCUCUCUGUUGCCUUGUAGAGGCUUAAGUCAUCACUGAAUCACUUCCUAUAUUUAAGAUCAUACUUCAGUAGCAAUGGGGGGGGAAAAAAAAAAUCAGCUCUUCAGUUUAACGUGUUCAUCUGCUGCCUGAGCAAAACCCAAGUACCCCUAAUGCUGGAAGCCCCCCCUUCUUUUUGGGGGAGGAGAGAAGGAUGACAGCGCUGCCAGAACCCAGCUGGCACUAAGAACACAAAGACUUUUAAAACACGAGUUUCUGACUUGCCAAAAGCUGUCAGAUGCAAACUUGGGCCCUUCUGUUCCUUCAUUUUAGUUCUUUCCAUGGCUUCUGCUGUGAGCAUAAAUGGAGCUUAACUCCUCGGAGAGGAGUUCUGAGUUGGGAGUGAAGCUCGGGGAUGUGAGUACUGAGGGAGGAGGAGGAAAACAGCCAUUGUGCUCAGGCGGGAAGGUGGAAAAAGCCACUUAAAAAUGACUACACGAGCUCAUAGCUGCCUUACUAGAUACUCUUUGAUUCAGGAGCGAGCUACAAAAAGCCUUAUUUGGGCUGCAAGGGUGAUAGGAGUAAGGGAGAGGGAUAAUGACAUAAAUGAAGGAAUAAUACAAGAGGCUUUCCGAUAGGCGGAGGCCGAGGGCUGCUCUCCCGCUGCCCCUCCGCACCACGCGGGGCGGCGGCGUUUCCCGACGGGGCGGAGCGGAUCCGGUGCUGGGGCGGCCGCUGCGGGGGCUCCGUCGGAAUCGGUGCUCCGAGGAGAGCUCAGCAGAGCUUUUCCUGGCUGAGCCAUACUUGAAGUGACUGAACUUGGCAGGAGCUGAGGCUUAAAGCAGCACCGGAGCUGGGCUGGUUUCUUCCCAACUUGUCUGAGCAAGAGCAGGUGCUUUUGAGCAACAAGAGCUGCAGUGUGGCUGCACCAUGGCAGCGGUGGUGGCAGAGAAGCUCAGCCGCCUCUUCAUCAACGUGCGCCAGGUCCCCCAGCUGCUGGUCCCCCCAGUGCCCACCACUGUCAGCAGCUCCGAGGUGCCGAGGGUUUUCUGGAAGCCUUACAUCCACACCGGCUACCGCCCGGUGCACCAAACCUGGAGCUAUUACUUCUCCACGCUCUUCCAGCAACACAACGAAGCCAUCAAUGUGUGGACUCACCUGGUGGCCACUCUGAUCCUGCUGCUGCGUUUCCAGCAGCUCUCUCAGAGGGUGGAUUUUGGGCAGGACCCGCACGCCCAGCCGCUCCUCAUCAUCAUCACGGCAUCCAUCACCUACCUGACGUUCAGCACACUCGCUCACCUCCUGCAGGCCAAGUCUGAGUUCUGGCACUACUGCUUCUUCUUCAUGGACUACGUAGGGGUGGCCAUCUACCAGUAUGGCAGCGCACUGGUGCACUAUUACUAUGCCAUCGAGCCCAGCUGGCACGAGAGGAUCCAGGGCUUCUUCAUGCCCACGGCUGCGCUGCUGGCCUGGCUGUCAUGUGCAGGCUCGUGCUAUGCCAAGUUCCACUUCCAUCAGUCAGCAUGGCUGCUGAGCCGGCUGUGCCAGGAGGUGCCCUCAGGCCUGGCCUACCUGCUGGACAUCAGCCCUGUUGUGCACCGCAUCUGCACCGCAUCACCUGCGGGGCACACGGACCCGGCUCUGCUGUACCACAAGUGCCAGGUGCUGUUCUUCCUCAUCGGUGCCUUUUUUUUCUCCCAUCCUUACCCAGAAAAGUUGCUCCCUGGGAAAUGCUAUUUCUUUGGGCAGAGCCAUCAGAUUUUUCAUGUUUUCUUGGUGCUUUGCACUCUGGCACAGAUCGAGGCUGUGGUGCUGGACUAUGAGUCCAGGCGGCACAUCUAUUCCUCGCUGCAGGGUGACCUGGCACACCACUUCUCUGCCCUGUGUGUCUUCACUGUGACCUGCUCUGUGCUCACGGCUGCAUACAUGGCACGGAAGGUGAAGGACAAGCUGAGCUUCAAAGAAGACUGAGGUCCAGGGCAGAGUGGGGGAUGCUAUGGCCAAAGCUGCAUGCUCUAAGGAGAGGAAGAAGCGCUUUGCAAACAGUCACUUGGCACUGCUCUCCCUGGGGAGGGAGAAUAAGAGCUGCUCUUCGUGCUUUUUAAUUCAGAAUUAGUCCCAUCUUAUUCAUGAAAUAGUGCACUGAUUUAAUUCCGAUAUCUGAAUAAACAGAACCAUGUGGCAGUGUGGUGCAGCCUGGUCUCUGCUGAGCCCUGUGUGCUUUGUCCUGGGGGUCCCCACAGCUGUCCCCUCCACCCCAUGUCAGCAGCAGCAGUGGGGCUGCAUACCUCUCACCUGGGGCAGCUGCAGAUGGGAUGUCUGCAUGGCCUCUCCCAGCCCUGCUUGCAUCUCUGCGUGUCUCCAGGAAGGCUGUGGGGAGCAGUGUGUUGCAAUGCAGGUGAACGAUGAGCACUGCUCCCCCACCUUGGCUAAAGAUGUUAUCUUGCAGGACACUGUCCAGUUGCUCAGAUAUGAGCUGCCUUUGGUAAAUCUGUGCUGUUUUUCCCAAUCCCCUGCUUUGUUUGUGUGGUAGUAAUUUCCAGGAGGACUCGCUCUGUUGCUUUCCUGGGGUCUGAAGGGUGAUCUGGUGGGGACUGAGACCUGGGGGAUCCGGAGGAGCUCUGCACCCCUGCACAACAGCAGUGCACUGCCUCGAUGGGGCAAAGCACAGAACCCAGAUCUGAGCAGUGCAGGGCAGCUGAGAGCCACAACUGCUGCCCUCCGGCUCCAGCACAGCUGUUGCUCAGUGUCAACUGGUGCUGUGCCAACCACUUUUUGUUUGAAGGUGCUGAGGCAUGUCAGGCUGGUAUUUCUUAGCUGUAGGAAUGGCAUUUAAAUGUUGCCACCUUUAAUCUACAAAAUUCCUAAACUGGGAAAUCCUGAAUAUUACUGAGCUGUCUCUCAGCUUAGUGUGGAACAUUGGGUGCCCUGCUGCCUUGCAAGGAGCUCUUUGCAAAGGAUUGAGGAACUUGUGCAGGAACAAAAAACAUCCCCAGUAGAAAUGCUGCAUGCUGCCUAAGCUUAAAAAUAACCAAUGACCAAAAACCACCUUCAUCCUCAGGGCAUCCUCAGAAAUAGUGCUUAGGAAAGCAGACCCACCAGUCUGCAUCUACUGAUUUGCAUGGAUAUCAAUAACAAUUGAUCCCAUACACCAGCACUGAGAAUGGUGAAAUGUCAGCAGUGUAUCUCUAUACAGCAAUCUGCCUCCUAACACGGUACUGCUGCAUUUUGCAAUCAUGGACAAUGUUAAGUAGUAUGAUUGUCCAAAUUUGUUGGUAUUGCAGUUCAUCCUUUGUGACCCUGACGUAACCAUGGAAACAGAACCAUCAGAGUGAGUCUGCGCUGUGCUGACAGCCCGUGGGACGUUGCUGAUGUCUGUGCUCUGGUUAUCCAGUUGGUCGUUGUGGGUCAGACAAAUUGAGUAGGAAAUAAAAAUCAAUUCUGCA